AUGCUCACCAUACCUGUGCAGAGUGAUGUUUUGAAACAGCGAGAAGUAAGAAUCGUAAUUGCAGGAGUAGGAAUGCAAUUGCCAUAUCAUCGUAUGAAUUCUAGCUACGAUGGCUUUCAGCUCAGUGGGACAUGCAAGGCUGGCAAUGUGAUUCCGAUUCAAAUCUCAAACUUCUCCAGAAUCGGCCAAAUGCGAUCUUCUCUUGAUUUCCCUGUGAUGGACUAUGAGCGUAGAGUUUUGUACCAGAUCCAAAUUGAUACAAAUGCUGAGCCAAAGAACAGAUCUUCUAUGGAAACCCUUUCGAUAUCCAUCGAGGUCCUAGUGAAAGUCAACGCUUCCAACUUGAUAGAAAUAGACAUGAUCGGCUUGGGUUUGAACCAUACCACUGUUGAAGGUGUAUCUUGUUUGCCAACUUCCAAAGUGAGUCUUUUCAAGUUUGACCGUAAAACACAGAGCAUAAUUUUGCAGGCUGCUGAGGACUUGUUUCCAUCGAAUAUAAUAUCCGUUCAGAUUUUCUUCAACAGCAGUCAACAAAACGUAUCCAGCAGACUAGACAGAAAUUCCGCACAAACUUUGUUUGUUGGGACAUAUAUUACCUCGACCUCUGCAGAACUUCCUAUUUCAUGCAAUAAUGAAAAUUCUAUUCGGGUUUCUCAGCUUCAAGUCUCUAACGCGAAACUUGAUCAGAACCAUUCCAUCUUGUAUGCCUUGAGAAAUGUCAAUUUGACAAAAGGGGAUGUCCUAGAUUUGCCAUUUCCGUCUGCGUAUGUAAGUCUGGACUGUGGCUCCAUGUUUGAUGUUCAUGUCUAUGGCUCCGGAAAUUUCUCUGUGCUGCCUAUCAUCUCGAAGGGCAUCCUUUCAUUGCGGACCGAACAAGAUCUCAAUUCUGAAUUUAUAGUGUUACAAUUUUCUUCGCCUGGUUUGAAAGUUGCUUUUGAACAUGUCAAGGUAUAUUCUUUCGAUGAGUCCGAGAAAUUGCAGAGCAAAGAUGCUGUUGCCAGAAUGAUAAAUUAUCAAUCCAUUUUUGUGCAAAACCAUAGCAUGAUGUUCCAAUUGUUCGACCAGAUGCAAAACUUCAACCUAAAAUUCACUUCCACUAUGAUGAUUCAGAAGAAAGAGAAGUUAACUAUCAGACUAACAAGCUUCGAGGGAGACGACUUUGCUUGCAUACCUGUGGUCUCAAGCCCGGCCGGAAAGAUCGCAUUCGCUUCAUGGCGCACGGAUACUCAGCAGCUCAGCAUGACGUUGGAGGAAGACGUCCAGAGCGGGGAGGAGCUUCAAGUGCAUGUGCCUUGGUACUCCGGCAUCCGUCUUCCUCCGGCCGGGGUCACUGAGAACCAGACCGACCUCACCGUGUCCACCAACGCUGCGGCCGGCCCAGUCCCUCCCACGCCCAUCUCCUACUCUCCCAGCGUAGGCGUGUUCUGGUUAAAGCCUGCCCUGAGCUUCGACGGAGGCCAGGCAGGAGAGGUAUCGGGGCUGAGGAUAGCCUUCGGCUUCACGAUGGACGUGGAGGAGGGCUCUGUGAUGGAGGUACAGCUGCCCAACUUCACCAUAGCGAUGGAGGUCAACAUGGUGGUAACGGGUAGCGACGGGUCGAAGUUGAAUGCGACGGCAAUGUCGGGAGGAGGCGGGGUGACGUUGAAGCUACGGGUACUGCCAGGCAGCCGGGUGAAGGCGUACAGAAGAGCAGAAGUAGCUAUACCAAAAGCGUUCGCGAUACAAAUUCCAAUGGUAGGCGUUGCCCGUCCUUCGCACAUCUUUUUCUCCCUCAACAAUACAUUCAGCAUUGGCGCUGAUUCUGUUGUUGUUGGCAGCUUUGAUCAAAGCGUUUUUGUUUAUCUUGACGUCAGAAAUUUUUCUUCCAUUGUUCAGAUAUAUAUACGAUUCAAGUAUUCGGUAACAUUGGUUGGUCAGGAUGUCAUACGGGUUCAUUUUCAAGGUUUUCAAGGGCCAAAUGCAACUGGAAUUCAAAUGCAACAGAGCAUGUCGGACGAUCGAGUUUCACUGAGCUGGCUACAAUCGUGUUUUGGUCCGACACUUUUUGUGCAGGUAGCGCCGGACCAUACAAUCGAGGCAAAUCAAAUGGUAACAAUAGUAGUUCCUUCGACCGUUGGUAUUCGGAUCCCCUAUAACGGCAUCCGCACAAACUUCUCUGGUCUCAUCAUUUCGACCGAUGCCCAGAACGGCCCUGUCUACGGAGAGAGAAUCUCAGCAUUCAACCCGAUCGGAUAUUUCACUUCUGUCACUCUGGACUUCGAACCCAAGUUGGUCACCAGUGCUGUCAGUGUGCUGCUGUCCUUUGAAGCACAGAUGGUGCUGCGUCCGGGUGACACGAUCAUGCUGAAUCUGCCGGGGCUCACAACCCCGUCUGAGUGCUUCGGGCUCCAUAGCAACGUACAGAAAGCCAUCAACCACGCCCAUUUCUCCAGCACCACCUCAGUCCUACGGAUAGACAUAGAGGACACCAUCGAAGCGAAUGUGCCGGUCAGCAUCACAAUCCCGCGUAGCGCAGAGUUCCGCUUGCCCCCGCAAGGACUCGUGAGGAACUAUGAUGGGUUCUUCGUCUCCGCUCACGCCAAAGAUGGGAAUGUUGCCCCCACCCGCCUUUCUUCCUCUCCCGCGAUAGGGUCGGUACACUCUCGCUUGUCUUACGACCAGAACCAUGGCGACGAGCGCGUCAUUACCAGCAAGAUACAAGUAAGACCAUUCCAAGACUGCGGGCUUGGAGCAUACAAUGAAACCUUCUGCCUUGACUCAGCGAUAGCCUUUGCUAGCUGCGCGAGGAACAGCAGCGCAGCGAACUGUACGUGCAUCCCCUCGUCCUGUAUGCAAAACAACACUUGGUGCAGCAUCCUUGAAGAGGACGUGCAGUGGAGCUGCCAGAACGUCACUUUCUGCUCUGAGGCAUGUAACGCCUCUACACACGUCAACGUGCCCGACGAUGACACGAUGGUGACAUUUGCCGUUGUGUUUGAAGCAGCGAGCAGCACUCAAGGUACCUUCAAGCUCCCUGUAGCUGUACCGCUAGCCGGCAGGUUGCAAGUUGUCGCGAUCAGAUCCUAUCCCCCGAAGGUGCAGGAUGCGCAAUGGUCUAUAGGCGAGGACUACCUCCUUGUGAAUGUAUCCGAGACCCUCGAUGCCGGAGAGACGGUGACGCUAGAAAUGGACUUGCAGCCUGACCAGAAUGCGCUCAUGCAAGCCGCCGGCUAUAUUGGUUGCUCUGAAUUCUCGAUGAACCCUGUCUUUGCCGGGCUCUACGCGACAGAGCCUCUGUUGUUCUACAGCAAGGCCCCUUGCACCAGGAGUAGUCCGAUGGUCAAGCUUGUUGAUGCCACAAGCGCGCUGAACUCGGGAGGGCCGCGAUAUCUUGUUUUGGUGCUCGAGCUGAAUCAUAUGCUCAGGCCCGGAGACGUGUUGCAAACAGCCAUUCCCGCGUACGUCAAGUACUGGAGUGUGUCGACUGUCAGAUCGCUGUCCAAUGCACUGGAAGAGUUUGACAUUGUCUCUGCGGGGGCCCAUCAGCCUUGCCAUAUCAGUAGCAGCUCGGUGAGCGAACCUGUGUGCACAGAAUCAGUGAAGCAGCACGUGCUUUGCAUGACAGGGUACGCCAACAAGUACUGCGGUUGUAUCUCGCAGGCCUGCGCAAACUUGACCGUAGGCCGCCUGCAGGUCAUGGGCCAAACAGUCACUUCGCAGUCUGUCACCGUAUGCUUGGCCGAGUCCGCGGUAGGAGAUCAGCGCUCUGUCAGAAUCGUGUCGAAAGGGUACGUGACGGGCAAUCUCGUGCUAGCCUUGGAAGGAAAUUUCACAAUCUUUGAGGAAAACAGGAGCACUACGGUAGCCAAUCGUACCGCAGCUUGCUUGAGUCUAGCCACAAACCUGUCUGCCUGUCUGGAGUCAAACAACUCCAGUCAAUGCGCAUGCAUACCCGCGGACUGUUGGAAUGUAACCUGCAACGCGUUGGUGCGAAAUGAUACGAGGAUCUGCAAGCCGAGCAUGCUCUGCCAUGUGAAUGCGACUGUGGGUAUGCUGCCUGUGUCUCUGAUGACGGUAGCCGUCUCUCAAAGGAAGAACGAUACCAUAUUCGAAGCGAGAGUGGUUCCGCGAGGAAACAAUAUCUCCGUGAGCACCGCAGCUCACAUGGCGGUCUCGAGGGGCGAGGGCUAUGGCCUCACACUGACGGGCUUCGAGGGAGACGACUUUGCUUGCGUACCUGUGGUCUCAAGCCCGGCCGGAAAGAUCGCAUUCGCUUCAUGGCGCACGGACACUCAGCAGCUCAGCAUGACGUUGGAGGAAGACGUCCAGAGCGGGGAGGAGCUUCAAGUGCAUGUGCCUUGGUACUCCGGCAUCCGUCUUCCUCCGGCCGGGGUCACUGAGAACCAGACCGACCUCACCGUGUCCACCAACGCUGCGGCCGGCCCAGUCCCUCCCACGCCCAUCUCCUACUCUCCCAGCGUAGGCGUGUUCUGGUUAAAGCCUGCCCUGAGCUUCGACGGAGGCCAGGCAGGAGAGGUAUCGGGGCUGAGGAUAGCCUUCGGCUUCACGAUGGACGUGGAGGAGGGCUCUGUGAUGGAGGUACAGCUGCCCAACUUCACCAUAGCGAUGGAGGUCAACAUGGUGGUAACGGGUAGCGACGGGUCGAAGUUGAAUGCGACGGCAAUGUCGGGAGGAGGCGGGGUGACGUUGAAGCUACGGGUACUGCCAGGCAGCCGGGUGAAGGCGUAUAGGAGGGUAGAGGUUGGGGUUUCGCCGUCUGCAGGCAUCGGGCUCCCGUAUCUCGGCAUUGUGAAGAGCAAGAUGGGGCUUACGUUUGCUUUGAAGACUUCCAGCCUGACCAAGCAAAUCAGAUUGGAUCAUCCAGCUCUGGGAGCCUUUUUGAAACCACCAACCAUACGCUUUCUCUAUCCUGUAGCUGGCGAGGUCAGUGGUAUUGAGAUCAGCUUCACACCAGCAAUCAAUGUCUCCAGAGAGGACACGCUGCGUUUCUUGCUGCCAGGUUUCGAGAGUAUGAUGCCCAUGAGCGGGUUCUGGGCAAGCGAUGGGCAGAGGUACCUGCCUGGGAUGUGGAGCUUGAGCUGCCCAGCUCAGACGAUCACUCUGUUUCCAAGCGACACAGGGCUCAAAGCAGGAGAGGAAGUGACCAUAACCGUCCCUCAUGACGCUGGGAUCCAGAUUCCAGCUCUUGGAGUACGAUCUAACUCCACGGCAUUCAGGAUAAACUUUGACUCCUACACGUCUCCAAUCGCUGACCUUCCGUUCCGCCCGCCCGUUCCCAUCGGCUUCUUCCACAACUUCACCGUCGACUUUGUUCCCAAGACAGCUGGCAGUGAGAGUGUCAUAGUAGCGUCUUUCACGCCUGAGAUGAACCUACAUUCAGGAGAUACAGUCGGGCUGAUCUUGAAGAACUUCACCCGAGCAGACUCGUCCGGAUGUAUAGUCACACUCUCGCAACCUCCGGGUGUUACUGGUCUGGCAAGCUGGUCGUCGAAUAGCAGCGUCCUUACCAUAGGAAUGAUUGCGGCUGUCCGUGCGGGCCAGCACUUGACCAUCACGAUCCCGUCAUCGAGCGGCUUGAUGUUGCCGAAAGAAGGGCUGGAUGCUGAGGCGUUCCCGAUCAAGGUAGAGUCAUCUGCGGUGGAAGGGCCGGUACUUCCCACAGUGGUUCAUCAGUUUCCUGCGAUCGGUUCUUUGCUAGAUUCAGUUUUGUCAUUUUCGAACACCUCAAAUGGAACGCUUGUUUUGAAGGAAGUAUUUCUUUCGUUUUCGAGACCGCUUUCUGUUGGAGAUUCUGUAAUUAUCUACAUGCCAGGUGUUCAAUUUCGAUGCAAUGUUUCAUGCGCAUAUGAAGGAUUACAUUUUUUAGCUAUAUGGACAUCAGGAACGCAGUUUUUGAAACUGGUUCUGAGGAACGCUGAUACCCCUCCUCAAAACUACACAAUUAUCUUGAGUGACAUAUUUGCAGUCAUUCAAUCCAGCCAAUCCAUUGAUAUUGCCAGAUUUCAAAUUAAGACACUGUCAGCUGAGAGUCCAGUUGAGGUUACCGACAUCACAAAAGUGAUCGGGUUGUCUCCAUUCAGGUCAAUUCCCAUUGUCCGCUUUAGUCAAACUCCAACGCUUCUAACAGACAUGCAAUUGAGUUUCUAUUUGGAUCAAUCCUUGGAGAUCAAUCACACGUUGAUGGUGACUCUAAACAAGUUUCAAAUUUAUUCAACUUCUUCGCGAUUCAAAAUCAUCGAAAAUGAUGGAUUUUGGUUCAAUUGUACAGUUGAAGAAGGCAGGGACGUUCUUGAAUCUUCCUUUUUCAUCUAA